UUGUGCCAGUGGGACUCCGGUGCUGACAGGUGAGUUUACCGCUGCAAGUUAGUGAGUGGAGCUUCUUUAUCACAGGAAGUUCAUUCCGUUAAGGAUUCACCUUUUGAGACUGUUGGACAAAUCACAGCGACGUCCCCACCUUACAAAGCGAGAGCUCCCGUCGGUUCUCCAGAAUGUUCUCUUUGAGGAAAGUAUUUUAUAGGUAACACUCAAUCACCGGGGACUGUGACGUGGAGAUGGUCACUUGGGCCGCCUUGCUGACAGUAUGCAUAUGGAUACAAACACAGACAGCCUCGGGACAACACACGUGUGCUUCAAAUCCACGCGGACUGGUGAAUUUCAAUGUAAAAUACUCCCUCCCCCAUUUCCAAACAGACAAACCUAUACAGAACAUAGCAGUGAACAGGGAUGUGAACCCUCAAGAGGUGUAUGUCGCAAGCCAGAAUGUGAUAGAGGCGGUGAACGAUGCUAUGGAAAAGAUAUGGGAGGUGAAAACUGGACCUGUUGGCAGUCCUGACUGUGAAACCUGUCAGGUGUGUGAUGUAGAAAUAGAUCCGGAAGAUCCGGUGGAUACAGACAAUGAGGUUCUGCUUUUGGAUCCUGCUGGAUUUCUCUUGCCUUACUUGUACAUUUGUGGGAGUACGCAGCAUGGGAUCUGUCACUUCAUAGAUAUUAGCACUCCACAGCCCCAGCCUCAGUGUUUAUACAAAAAGCAACAAAACUCUCCAAGCAGCUGUCCAGACUGUCUGGCCAGCCCCCUUGGCACCAAAGUCACAAUCGUCGAAGAUGGAGUCACAUCGUUCUUCUUUGUAGCAGCCUCUGUCAAUGACAGAGUGACACAGAGGUAUCCAAGGAGGUCGAUAUCAGUGGUGAGGCCGCUUUCAACCGAGGAUGGCUUUCACAUGGUCAUGAACGCCCUGACAGUGCUCCCAAGUCUACGGGACUCUUACAAGAUUGAUUACAUCUACAGUUUCUCCACCAAGGAUUACGUCUACUUCCUGUCCCUGCAGCGAGAAAAUCCAUCCAAGAGUAAUUCAGCUUUUCAGACUCGACUGGGACGACUGCCGAUAAUAAUUCCAGAGGUGUGGAUGUACAGGGAGUUGGUCCUGGAGUGCCGCUAUGAGCCAAAGCGCAGGAGGAGAAGGAGAGAUAGUUUCAGGGACAUUGUAUACAACGGGCUACAGGCGGCACACUUUGGGCGAGCGGGGAAAGACUUGGCAUUGGAGCUGAGGGUGAGCGAGUCGGAGGACAUUCUCUAUGGGGUGUUUGCUGAGGUGAAUGAGCAAGGUGAACCUCAAAAAAACUCUGCCCUGUGUGCCUUCCCUUUGACCCAUGUGAACUAUGAGAUUGAUAAAGGCGUGGACGCCUGCUGCAAGUCAGGUCCGGAGCAGCUGUCCAGAGGUCUUUGUCACUUCCAGCAAUGUGAGAGCUGCCCACAUGAAAGCUCUGGAGGUAAUGACACAUGCACUGCCAAACCCACUCUGGUGUCAAAGCCAUACUACAGAUUAGACCUCUUCAACAGGCAGAUGAGAGAUGUCCUUUUCACCGCUGUCCUGGUCACCACCACUGGGAAUCACACGCUGGGCCACUUUGGUACCUCAGACGGCCGGAUACUGCAGGUGAUUCUUACUCUGUACAGGCCUAUUGUCUUCGCCAACUAUUCUCUUGGAGAGACCGAAGUGUCCAGGACAGCAGCUGUGUACUCAGACGAUUUACUUCUCUUCACAGUGGGAAAUAAGUUGUUCAAGGUGCCGUCUGCAGGACCAGGGUGUGCGCAUUUUAUGACAUGCUCCAUGUGUUUGAUGGCUCCACACUUCAUGAACUGCGGCUGGUGUUCAGGAAUCUGUUCGAGGCAGAGCAAGUGUACCUCACAGUGGAACAAAGACUCGUGCGCACCUGUCAUAACAGAGUUUUUCCCUAAAAUGGUACCUGCUGGUGCUGAAACAGAGGUGACACUGUGCGGCUGGGAUUUUCAGUCUCCUCUGCGACCUGCCAUUAUCAGUGGGAAAACCCACAUCAUCACAGUGGGCACUGGGACGUUGUGUACAGUCCUGCCUGGAAGGAGCAGUAGUGAAGUGCUAGUAUGCAAGACACAGGAAAAUACACCAAACCAGAACCUUACAAUCACUCUGGAAGUUCACGAGGGAGAAGUGGAGGGCCGCUACUCAAUUGAUGGCACAGCUCAGAUACCUGGCUUCUCUUUUGUGGAGCCUAGCAUAACAGAAAUCAGGCCUGACCAUGGACCCUUGUUUGGAGGAACGAUGGUUACACUGACAGGCAGAUAUCUUAAUUCUGGGAUACAGAGAGAGGUCUUCAUCGCUGACAAAAAGUGCAACAUUCAGAGUCCUCCUGAAGGAAGUGAGACCUCUUCAGUCGUCUGCUACACACCAGCUGCAGCAGGUGCUGGGAAGGUACCUGUGAAAAUCAUCAUUGACAACUUUCAAGUGACAACCUCUAAGAUGUUCUCCUACAAGAAAGACCCUGUUAUAACCUCUGUGUAUCCUCACUGCAGUUUCCAAAGUGGCUCCAAGCUGGUGAUAGUGGGUCAGAAUCUUGACUCUGCUCACAAAACUGUGGUUCAGUACAUUUCCAAAAAUCGCAACCUGCCACCUCUAGAACGAGUGUGCAGCGGCACAAUGAAUGCCACACAUAUGGAGUGCUGGGCUCCUGCUCUUCCAGAGGAAAUGCCAGAAGAAAAGUCUGACACAGGAGGGAUCUUUAUUCACAUGGAUGGGAAGCGUAACCUCUAUAAGAGACGUCUGGACUACCACCCCGAUGCCACAAUCAUUCCCUUUGAAAAUGAUGACCAUGAACUGCCUCUAAAGCCAGGAGAGACAGAAGUUUCACUGCAUCAUAGCAAUUUGAAUACAGUGAGCACAUGCAUGAAGAUCAUAAUGACAAUCGGGGGUGUGAACUGCAAUGCUCAGGUUCUGUUAAAUGAGCUGACCUGCAGGAUUCCUAAAGGCCUGGUUAUUCCCAAUGAGGGGCUGCCUGUCAAGGUGUCUGUGAAUGGGGAAAUUUACGAUGUGGGCAGAGUCGUCAACGACGACAACAACAAUAGCACCAUGAUUGCGGGCAUUCUCCUGGGCAUCAUCGCUGCAUUAGUGCUAGGUGCUGGCCUUGCAUUAAUGGUGAUGAUACAUUUGAGGAAGAAAAAGAGAGCCAACAUAGAGAAUCGUUUAUCAACAAUGCUUUCACGGAGCCGCAUGGUCAGCGGUGCUGAUAUAUCCCCGACUGGUGACUACAGACGAGUGGAUCUGUCCAAUCAAACAUCCGGUUCAGGAAUGGCCUUCCAAGGUUUAUUGUAUGCUGCCAGCUACGAUCAUCUGGCCGUUCCUUUAAUGCCACGGGACAAUAUCUCAAUGGUCAGUCUGAGCUCUGAUCUUCUUGAAGAGGUUAAAGAUGUCCUGAUCCCUGCUGAGAUGCUGCGAAUUGAGGAUAGCCAGAUUAUCGGCAAAGGCCACUUUGGGACAGUUUAUCAUGGUUUCUUGAUAGACAGCAACAAGCAAGAGAUCCACUGUGCUGUGAAGUCCCUGAACAGGAUCACAGAUGUGGGAGAGGUGGAUCAGUUCCUCAGAGAGGGCAUCAUCAUGAAAGGUUUCCACCACCCCAACAUCCUGUCUCUGCUGGGCAUCAUGCUGCCCAAAGAAGGGCUCCCUCUGGUGGUUCUACCGUACAUGAAGCACGGGGAUGUGCGUCAUUUCAUCCGCUCCGAGAAAAGGAACCCAACUGUGAAAGACCUGAUAGGCUUUGGGCUUCAGGUUGCCAAGGGGAUGCAGUAUUUAGCCCAGAAGAAAUUUGUCCACAGAGACCUGGCUGCACGUAACUGCAUGCUGGAUGAAACCUUCACAGUAAAGGUGGCUGACUUCGGCAUGGCAAGGGACAUCUACGACAAGGAGUACUACAGCAUUCAAGAUCACAAACGGGUAAAGCUGCCAGUGAAGUGGAUGGCCAUCGAAAGCCUGCAAACGCAAAAGUUCACUACCAAGUCUGACGUGUGGUCAUAUGGGAUUUUAAUGUGGGAGCUGUUGACCAGAGGUGCUAGCCCAUAUCCAGAUGUGGAUCCAUAUGACAUCACUCACUAUUUGUUGAAGGGACGCCGGCUUCCUCAGCCACAGUUUUGCCCUGAUGCUCUCUAUUCCAUCAUGCUGACAUGUUGGGACCCGGAGCCCGAGUGCAGACCUGACUUCAAUAGCCUAGUUACAGAAGUACAACAAAUCCUGUCCUUUCUGGAAGGAGAGCACUACAUCAGUCUGAAGGUGAACUAUGUCAACUUAGACCAGCCGAGGCCGUACCCGUCUCUGACUGGAUCUGCAGAUGAAGCUGAGGCCUCAGACCUGGACACAGACAGUCAUGCUGCCAGCUGAGAGUGCGCAGUCCUGAAACUCUCUGAUAGGAAUGCAGGAUCCGGGUUUCAUUUGGACAGCAUACAAGAAAAGGGAGAGGUUAGCCUGGAUCCAGUCAUGCGUCACAUAAACUGCUGAUCAUGUCUGCAAACCUGAGCACAUGGAAGGUUUGGCUACUGAUUUAAAAGACACUGUAGGUACUAUAAACUCUUAACGGAGCUGGGACAAAUUUAUGCUGGAAGUUCUCCAUUCAUGUUUUAUUAGUUGCAAAAUAUGACAACGUGCAUGGAUUGAUAACUGAAUGGGCCUAUGGGGCACAGGCCAAGGAGUCCCCCCCACUCACCCAUGGGUUUUCGCCUGCAAACUGUCACUCAUAUUCACGCUGCAGACCAGGAAGAGACUCAGAAUAACCACAAAGAAACAAAACGACUACAAAGAGACUCACAGCCGUUAUAAAAAGAUACAAAACAUCCACAAAGAGACACAAAAUGAUUAUAAAGAGACACAAAAUGACCACAAAGAGAAACAAAAUAAGUACGAGACACAAAGCAACUACAAUCAGAAACAAAAUGACAAAAAGAGGCUUAACAGCUAUAAAGUCUGUGUGUCUUGCCCCUGUGUAGGAGAGGUGGCGGGGCCUUUUGCGUGUCUGUGCCCAGGGACUCAUUAUCUCAUUAUGUAGAUGGAAGUUUUGAAUAUUUUGUUUCAAACAUCUGAAGCACAAGUGUGACAAAAUGAAUGUAAAACGGGCUUUUGUUCUCAGACUAGAAUAGGAUGUGGGGCUACAUGAGAUCAUGCGCUGUUAUAGAAAUGUGUGUCUUAAAGCUACUGUAUUACACCGUAAUACAGACAAAGGGUCCAUAAAUGCUGACAUGUGCUCAAGGGUCAAUGUUUUUAAGGUUUUGGACACAAUUUUCUUGCUAUAUGGGGACAUAACAAAGAUUAUAUCCCUUUAUAUAGGAUACAGAAUGUAGACAAUACAAUGGGACGUGCACAUGUGAAAUCUGGAUCUGCUCAGAUUUAGAGCUAUUGAUACUCUGCCAAAAGCUCUGCACCUACUUAAUUAUACAGUGAGCUGUCAGCGCUGCUCUGGUAUCAACUGAGGCUUUGAAACACAUGGAGUACCUGUCAUCAUCACUAGAGGGCAACCGACGCCUCCUUCUGAAGCACACUUCAGUUGCUGCUGCAGUGACGUCUGCAACACAACAGCAGACAGCUCAACACAAGGAUGUUACACAAACAGUGCAACUAUAUUCAUCUGAAGCUCUGAACAAACUCAGCCUUUCAACUCGAUCAGCAGAUCGUAGCAUUCUGUCCUUAAGGCACAUUUUCUCCUGCAUGUAUUAAAAUGAUCAUCACGGCAAAUCAGACAAUCCAAGGAAUUUUAUGCACUGAUUGUUCAACUUUUACUGACAAUGCAGUAUUUGAUUUAAAAAAGUUUAUGUUGACCAGCAAGCUUUCUACUAGCUUUAAUAGAUUUGGUUCUGAUGUACAUGAUUUUUGACAUUGCUGCAUUUUCUCUCCUUCCUACCAAGAUUGAACUGGUGUUUCUUUUUCUCUAGGUUGCACUGUAAAGAGUGUUUUGUACAGACAAAUGCUGGGUACUUGUUUGUAAAGCGUGUCAACAAAUUAAA